AUGCAAUAUAUCGAUUAAGGAAGUGCUCUUUCUAAUAAAAAUGUCCCAGGCAGAAGACUUCAAAAGAAGAACUCCCUCUUCUAUCAAGUAACACCAUUGUAAAUAGAAUAGCAAGCCGUGUUAGAAAAUGAAGAGUUUACACAACGCUACCAAAAGAAUGCCGAUGAAUUGCAAGUAUUCAAGGAUGACCCUUACCUUGAACCCCACAAAUAGCACUUCUCAGUAAGGAACGCGAAAUUCUUCGAACUACUUGAAUAGAUUGUCAAAGUGGAGUCAUCUCUGAAAGAUUUUGCCAAGGGAUACGAAAAAUAUGGGUUUUAGGUCUCAGACACUGGAAUUACAUAUAAAGAAUGGGCUCCUGGGGCGAAAGAAGUUUAUUUGACUGGUGAUUUCAAUAAUUGGGAUAAAAUGCAAUAUUCUCUAACUUCAGAUUCUUUUGGAAAUUGGGAAAUAUUUUUACCCAGAAAUGAAGACGGCUCCUAUUUGAUACCACACGGUUCACGAGUCAAGACAUACAUAAAGGAUGCCAAUAAUCAAUACUAAUUCAAAAUUCCAGCAUGGAUUCGAACUACUUGGUAGAAUCAAGACAAUAAAUUAUAUGACGGAGUAUUUUAUAAUCCCGAAAACAAAUACGAGUUUAAGUCCAACAGACCACCAAAGCCUAGAUGUCUUAAAAUAUAUGAGGUACAUAUCGGAAUGGCUGGUAUUGAUCCAAGAGUACACACCUUCAAAGAAUUCACCCAAACAGUUCUCCCAAGAGUAGUCAAACUGGGAUACAAUGUCAUCUAAAUAAUGGCAAUACAAGAACAUGCCUAUUAUGGAAGCUUUGGAUACCAUGUUACCAACUUCUUUGCUGUCAGCAGCAGAUUUGGCAGUCCAGAUGACUUAAAAGAGUUGAUUGAUACAGCACAUUCCCAUGGAAUUACUGUGUUGAUGGACUUAGUUCAUAGUCAUGCAUCCAGUAAUGUUUUAGAUGGCAUUAAUCAAUGGGAUGGCACCGAUUAUCAAUAUUUCCAUGCUGGUGGUAAGGGGAAACAUGAUUUGUGGGAUUCUAAACUAUUUGAUUAUUCUAAAUGGGAAGUGAUAAGAUUUCUAUUAUCCAAUUUGUCCUGGUGGAUUAACGAAUAUUAAUUUGAUGGCUUUAGAUUUGAUGGUGUUACAUCGAUGUUAUAUGUUCAUCAUGGAAAUGGCUAUGGUUUCACAGGAGGAUAUCAUGAAUACUUUAAUGAAUUAGCUGAUAUCGAUUCAUUAGUGUAUUUGAUGUUGGCAAAUGAUCUCAUACAUGAAAUUCAUCCUAAUGCAAUUACAAUAGCUGAAGAUGUGUCUGGUUAUCCAACAUUGUGCCGUAAUAUUAAAGAAGGUGGAAUUGGAUUUGAUUACAGAAUGGCUAUGGCUGUUCCUGAUAAAUGGAUUAAAUUACUUAAGGAAUUUAAAGAUGAUGAUUGGGAUAUGGGAGAUAUCGCUCAUACUCUUACCAAUAGACGUUAUUUAGAAAAAUGUAUAUGUUAUGCUGAAUCUCAUGACUAAGCCUUGGUGGGAGACAAAACUCUCUCCAUGUGGCUCUUUGACAAGGAAAUUUAUAGUGAAAUGAGUACUCUUUAGCCAGAAACUUUAGUCACUUUUAGAGGCAUGGCUUUACAUAAGAUGUUGAGAUUGAUUACAUUUGCAUUAGGUGGAGAAGGAUACUUAAAUUUCAUGGGUAAUGAAUUUGGACAUCCUGAAUGGAUUGAUUUUCCAAGAGAAGGUAAUGGAUGGAGUUAUCAUCACGCCAGAAGAAGAUGGGAUUUAGCUGACGAUUAAUUCUUAAGAUAUUCUAGACUCCUGUAAUUUGAUGCUGAAAUGAUCAACCUAGAGGAUAAAUAUCCCUGGUUGCCUAAUGGUGAAUAAUGGGUGACUGAAAAACACAAUGAAAGCAAAGUUAUUAUAUUUGAAAGAGGAUCCUUACUCUUUGUAUUUAAUUUCCACCCUACUUAAUCAUAUGAACAUUUUAAGGUGGGCACUAAAUUUGAGUCAGAUCACCAAAUUGUUUUAGAUACUGAUGAUGUUAGAUUCGGAGGGCACUCGAGGGUAUCACCGUCUUAUGGUCAGAAUUUCCCAAUCUUAAAGGAAGAAUGGCAAGGCAGACCUAAUCAUAUCCAAAUAUAUUUACCAAAUAGAUGUGCUAUCGUUUUUAAAUCAAUUGAGUGAUUUUUUGUUUAAAAAAGACAUGCAUAUAACGAUUAAUUUAAUUUUAAAA